AUGGAAGGGGGAAAUUGGUCUGAAGUCUCUGAGUUCAUCCUCCUGGGCCUUUCAUAUGAUCCAGAGCAAGAGAAGCUUUUGUUCUUCAUGUUCCUAGUUAUGUACCUGAUCACAGUGCUGUGGAACCUGCUCAUCAUUCUGGCCAUUAAAUCUGACUCCCGGCUCCACACCCCCAUGUACUUCUUCCUCAGUAACUUAUCCCUUGUUGACAUGUGCUUUACAUCCACCACUGUCCCCCAAAUGCUGUUAAGUCACAUAUCUGGAAACAAGGCAAUUCCUUACUUUGCAUGCCUAACACAAACAUUCUUCUUCAGUUGGUUUGCAGGAGUGGACAGUAUUCUUCUUGCCUCCAUGGCCUAUGACCGUUAUGUGGCUAUCUGUGCCCCGCUACACUAUAGUAUGAUCAUGACCCCAAGGACCUGUGCCCUUCUGGUCUCAGUGUCCUGGUUCUGGCCCUGUAUUAAUGCCCUCAUUCAUACUAUCUCUGCAGCCCAGCUUUCAUUCUGUGGCCACACUGAAAUCCCUCAUUUCUUCUGUGACCUCAAUGCUUUGAUAAAAUUGGCUUGUUCAGACAUCUUCAUUAAUGGCUUAAUGGUGUACACAGUGGGGACGCUGACAACCAUUAUUCCCUUCAUUGGCAUUCUAAUCUCCUACAUUCACAUUUUCUGGGCUGUAGUGAGGAUCCCAUCUGCCCGUGGGAAGCAGAAAGCUUUCUCUACCUGUGGCUCCCACCUCACUGUGGUGUCUCUGUUCUAUGGAACACUUAUUGGAGUGUACUUCAGUCCCAAAUCUACCCACACAGCCCAGCAGGACACAGCAUCAGCUGUGAUGUACACAGUGGUCACCCCCAUGCUGAACCCUUUCAUCUAUAGCCUGAGGAACAAUGACAUGAAAGGGGGGCUGAAGGUACUCCUUACCAGAACACCAGAGCUCUCUUUGUGA